CCAGGCUUGGUGUUGCCCCAGGACUGAGGUCUACCGCCCCCACUACCAUUCACGGAGCAGUUCCAGAAAGUCUCUUUCUGGGGGCGUUUUCCUUCUACCUCUCUAACGCUGGCCGUGGCGGGCCCAGGACCCUUGCCUAGAUCCAGUCCUCUACCCAGCUAUGCCUAAGAAAGGGAAAAAGGCCAAGACGCCGCUGUCCCAGGAGGAGCAGUUGCUUCUGUUUCAGCAGAAGUUGCUGGCAGAGGAGGAGAUGGCCAAGAAGAAGGAGAGGCUUCUGAGUCAGUUCUUGAAGGACAAGCUGGCUAAGGAGGAGCACAAUAGUGCUCUGAACCUUAAUAAGAUUAACACACAGUGGAGAACUGUUCUUCGAGAAGUCAAGACCAAAGAGCUUCAUAAGGACAUUGAGAUUCUCAGCCAAACAUUUGAACGAGUGGUGGAUUGCAAGGACAGUGUCAUCAAGUCUUUAGCCAAGGACCUCUCAGAAGCUGAGGAGCAGUACGCCCAUGCCCUGCGCAGCCACUUGCACAACAUUGACAAGCUAUUGGCCCUGCAGAGAUGCCGACUCAACCUCCUGGAGGAAAAUUACAAUGUGGAGCUAGAGGCCCUAACCAAGGAGUUUGAGAUAGAAAGGAAGACAAUUAUUGACCAACAUGAAAAAGAGAUUCACUACCUACAAGAUGUCUUCAUGGCCAUGGAGCAGAACUAUAUAGAUUCUGAGUAUGAAAGCAAGCUGGAGUUCCAGAGCAUGUGGGAUGACCUCAAAAACAAGAAUAUAGAAGAGAAGCACUUUCUAAGACUGCAAUUAGAGAAUGUAGUAGAAGACCUGUGGAAAAGGUUCCAGGAUGCACUCAAGAAUUACACUGAUGCCACAGAGGAUCGAAAGAUUGCCUUCGAGACCCUGAAGGUGAAGGACGAGAAGAGUUCCAAAGAUAUUGAAGUACAGAUGAAAAAAAUACAGAAACUACAGGAUUCCAUAAUUAUUUUAAAAAGCAAGAUCAUGAUGCACAGCCGUGAGAGUGAAGAACAGAACCAGUAUAUUCGUGAUGACAAGGAGUUGGUCCUUGUACAACUACGAAAACUUAAGGCCCAAAGAAGUCAGGCCCGAGAAAUAGCACAGGAGAAUUUAGUGAAACUCACCCUGGAGAGUAAUGCCACCCUCAAAGCCCUAAGAAAGAUUGUCGAUAAGGGUGAGAAGAUUCUUAAACUUGCUGAAAUAUGUAGGAAAUUUGAAACAGAGGAAGAAAAAGUGCUGCCUUUUUAUUCAUCAGCACUGACUGCCGAGGAGCAGGAGGAGAUAGAGAAAGUCAGUGCAGAGGAGCUUACGGAGGAGCUGGCAAAGGAUAUAACAAACUACAAAGGGAUGGAGAAUUUUUGGAAAAGGUACAACAAAGUGAAACUGGAACAACUGAGCCUCCAACACAGACAUGCCCAAUUGUUAGAGAUCAAUGGGAAGCUGCGGGAAAUGCUCAAGAAGUACUUGGAUGGCAUCUCAGUGAGUGAUGAAGUGCUGAACCAGCUCAACCCACUCUUCAUCGUCAACCACCGAAGCAACUUACCCCAGCCCUUGUCCACAUCUACAACCCAGCCAGGUGACAAAAAAUGUCCAACCACUUACAAUAUCAUUGAGGCAGCCCACGUGAUCUCUCAUAUCUUGUGAUACAAAGAGAAAAUCUCUCUUCAACCUCUAGAGAAUUUUUUGAGAGACUCAAGGACUUUGCUAUUAAAAAUUUCCGUAGAGUUCAUGAAAUCCUUAUAUCUUUGCCAUGUUGG